AACAAACGCUACCCGCGCAGAGUGACAGCACAUAGACUCUUCUUCAGACCUUCGCCACGCCGAUACUUUUCUUCAGAGUUAUGCUCCUACGUCGCCGCACCUAGACGUCACUAUUCUCGCAAUGAACAUGCCGAAUGAUCAGUCUAUUCAGCAGCCGCCGAGCGAUAGCAAUCUCAAUCUCCCAACGGCGUCUCCGUGCGCAUCAGCACUAGGAGCCAUCGUCCAAGAGUUCCUCCCCAACCUCACCACGUAUUCAGAAUUCUACCGCCAGGUGCACCGCAAUCCCGAGCUCUCCAGCCUCGAAGCCGAAACCGCUGCCCUAGUCGCCCGUCAUCUUCUCGCCCUCGACUUCAAAGUCCACACCCAGAUCGGCGGCCACGGCGUCGUCGGGAUCCUGAAGAAUGGACCGGGGAAGACAAUCCUCACCCGCGCGGAGCUGGACGCCCUGCCGAUCCGCGAACAGACAGACCUAGCCUACAAGAGCUCCAAGACAAUGACCGACCGCUAUGGCAACGAGAGACCCGUCAUGCACGCCUGCGGCCACGACAUGAACAUGGCCGCGCUACUUGCAGCAAGUGCACUUCUCCACGCGGCACGCGAGCGCUGGAGCGGCACGCUUAUCACGCUCUUCCAGCCGGACGAGGAGGAAACGGGCGGGGCGCGCGCGAUGCUCAAUGACGGCCUCUACAGCAAGAUACCAGUCCCGGACGUGCUGCUCGCACAACACGUAAUCCCCCUCGCGCCGCCGGGCAAGGCCGCAGUGCAACCCGGCCCCGUCCUCGUCGCCGCCGACGCGAUCAACGUGCGCGUAACCGGCGGGCCCUGCAAAGGCAGUCUCAACCCGCAGAUCUGCGUCGACUCGAUCCAACUCUCUACGCAGAUCCUCACUCACCUCCCCGCCUACGUCCGCGAUACCAUCGCCAGCGGGGAGGAUGCUACGGUCGCGUGCUGGGGCUUCCACGCCGGGAUUCCGGGGAUCGAUUACCCCGCGCACGCCGACUUUCUGCUCGAUGUCAAGACCAGGAAGGAGGAUGUCCGGCAAGCGGCGCUAAAGCUGAUAGAGAAGAAAAUCAGAGAUGAGUGUCGCGCUGCUAACGCGCCGAAGGAACCUGAGUUCAAGUAUUCCGUCCGCGCGCCGUUGACGAGCAAUGAUAAGGACACUACGGAGCGCGUGCAGGCUGCGUUUGAGGCGUUCUUCGGAGCGGGCGCGGUGCCUGUGCCACGCAACAGCGCGUGCGAGGAUUUUCCACUGUUGGCGGGGGAGCGUGAUGUCCCGUAUACGUAUUGGUUUUUCGGAGGGUGUCAGGCUGCUGAGGGAGGAGAAGUCCCGACGAAUCAUUCGCCGUUCUUUGCGCCGGAGAUUGAGACGGCGCUGAAGGCGGGGACUGAGGCUAUGGCUUUGGCGGUGCUUGCGUUUGUGGGUAAGUGAGGACUGUGGUCUUUCUGGUCUUGCAAGAAGCGGGUAUAAGCCAAGGAAUGUUGGCCGAGUAAAUCCAAAUCCCUGGUCAUAUUGUGGUGACGGCACAGUAAAG